AUGGCGCCUAGACGGCUUCUCAUUGCAUGGACGAUCUGGCUUGCGUUGCCAUUGGCAACUGGCCAUCUCAAUGUUCUAAUCAGUCAGGCAGAAGUGAAGAAGCUGUUAGGACUAGACGCGGAGCUGUACUACGUAAGGGACGGCGUGGUGAACACGUAUGCGACGAGUUUCAUAGUACCGGUGCCUGCUCACAUGACCGAUUUGGAGUUUAUGUGGCAGGCGUUGGGCAGGAAACCGUUGCCGUACGUGAUGGGUAUAGACUACGAGAGCCGAGGCGCCAUGCUGCCGCCGCAGGUCAAUAUCUCCGAACGAGGCUACGUCCCGACCACGCUGCAGACUUUUAGGGUUCGAUUGCCGUGUACAGGAACUAGAAGUGCUGAAAUCUUAGUAACUAUGCAACUGAACAUUUCCGCUCCGGAUCGGGCCCACAAAGACGUCAAACUCCUGUUCAAAAGAAAUAAAAUCUGCUUAAAAGGGCUGUCAACUGUGGUGACGCGUAACGAAACAGCGCGACUGGCCGGCGACGCCUCGCGGGGCGCAGGAGGGGUCUUGUUUGCUGCGGGGGGAUGUGCGGCGGCAGCCCUGGCUCUAUUGGCAGGCGCGGCCGCCGCUGGCACAUUGUACCGGCGCGGAAACAAAGCGAGGCACCAUGACUCCAUACAUACCUCUUAUACCACAGCAGCAUAUGGGAGCCAUCAGAAUGUUUUGUUGAGGCUGGACACCCUUGGUCGGCCACCCAGCUCCACCGGAUCUUAUGCGACGAUAGCAAGCCUGCACAAAUUUCCUUUUGGAAGCCGACGCUCGCCGUCUCCGUACGCUACGACGCACAUCGGAGAGCACGUGUACGCGAAGCCGGAAUCCAGAGUGUCGUACUACGCCGCUUCGAACCUCACACAUGUUUCGCAGCAAACUACAAAGGAUCGAAUAACGGACCCAUCGGAGCAACUCCGCCACCUCACCGCCCCCCGCUCUAACAUACGGCUGGAAAUUCUAAUACACGAGGGCACGUUUGGCAGAGUUUACAAGGGAGUGUUCAAGCGAGGGGACACUUACGAGGAAGUAAUAGUGAAGACUGUAUCAGAAGCCGCGUCUGCUAUGCAAGCCGCCUUGUUUGUCGCAGAGGGUCUUAGAUUGUGUGGAUUGGCCCAUGCUAAUGUACUGGCGCCAAUGGCCGCUUGUGCGGAAGAAGCUCGUAAGCCACUUCUGGUCUACUGCUGCGUUUCACAUUCGUCCAAUCUUAAAAGGUUCCUAAUCUCGUGUCGACUCGGCCACCAAACGACCCCAGCCACUAGAGAGCUAGUCGACUUGGGCGCUCAAGCGGCUUGCGGCCUUGCUUAUCUGCACGUACAGCGAGUGGUACACGCGGACGUCGCUGCCAGGAAUUGCAUUGUGGACGAGAAACUGAGACUGAAGUUGACGGACAACGGUCUGUCGCGGGACCUGUUCCCCGACGACUAUCACUGUCUCGGCGACAACGAGAACCGACCGGUGAAGUGGAUGGCCCCGGAGUCGCUGCUGCAGAACCAAUACUCCACGGCCUCGGAUGUGUGGUCUCUGGGAAUAACGAUCUGGGAGCUAGCUACGUUGGGCGCCGCGCCUUUGGCAGAACUGGAUGCAGCCGACGUGGGGGCAUUUCUCAGUGGAGGUUACAGGCCAUCUCAGCCGCAUAACUGCCCAGAUGAGCUGUACGGGCUUAUGUCUUGGUGUUGGACCACGAUGGCGCCAGGACGUCCCACAGCGCCUCAACUCUUAGCUGCCCUCCACGAUUUUAGGCAAACACUUAGCACUUAUAUA